AUGUCGAGGUUCGGGCUGUGGCCAAGGCCACGGCUGGCCCUCGGCCUACUCUUCUACGCCCUCCUCCUCACCACAAAGUCCUGCGACGCCGACCAGGAACAGCACACAUUUCAAGGACUCACUGCAGAUGAAGAACGAUAUAUCGAACAAAAAUGCUCCUACAUCACGAUGACCCACCUCCACUUCCACUGUGUUAUGCGCGAGCAGGAAACUCUGAUGGUGAAACGGACAAUUCUCGCUGCUAUGAACAAUGCCUCGAACACGGAAAUGACGCUCCCCAUGGGCCACGAACAAAUGGCUCUACUGCUCGCCAACGAAGGAUUUAGCAAUGAUGGACGAUAUUCCGGACAACCCAACCCCGCUCUCAGCUCGCAGUUUGUCAUCCCGGCUGCGAAAGCCCCGCAAGAAUGGCGCCACCAACACCACCGCACCUACUUCAAACUCGAGCACACCCAGAAAUCGGAAGUCAAGACCGCCAUGCUGAACGUUUUUGUUAAGAACAUGAAUGGCGACGACGGCAAGUCGAAAUUCACCAUCUACGUCAACAAGUAUUUGGACGAGAACACCGUGUCCACUGAAGGACAAAUCGUUUUUGCCAAGCACCACGUGAUGAACGGCGACCAGUGGGAACAGAUCGAAGUCACCGACAUCAUCAACGAGUGGAUCAACAACCCGGAUACGAACUACGGCAUGCAGGUCAAGGUCAUCCCGGAUGGCAAUGGCGUCGCCUUCUUCGACCCGAUCGACCGCCACAGCAACAACUCUCAGUACUUCCUCGAAGUCGUCCAAAUGCCGAACCUCCGCAAGCGCCGUGAGCUACAGCACGACAACGGCUCCCAGAUAUGCACCAUCGACCCGUCGCACCCGGAUUCCUACUGCUGCCGCUACCACCUCGAGAUCGACUUCAAGGACUUCGAAUGGGGCUUCGUCAUCGCCCCCAGCAAGUACACCGCCUACUACUGCGCCGGCCGCUGCCGCCCAGGCCAAUCGGCCAAGACCCUGCACGCCCGCUUCAUGGAGAUCAAGAUGCCGCAACACAUGUGCUGUGCCCCGGACAAACUCGGCGACUUCAAGCUGUUCCACAAGGGACCUGGAUCUAACACGGCUGUGGUGACUACGAUUCGGAACAUGGUUGUGCAGAGCUGCGGAUGCAAA